AUUUACUUACCAUGCCCUAAUAAAAUUCCUGUGGGCUAUUGCUGCUUCUUCAUCUUCUUCUAGCCGACAAUUCAACUUAGAGAUUCGGGAUUUCGCGAUUGAGAUUUCGAAGUUAUCGUACUUCUUGCCAAAGCUUGAAAAAAAAAAAAAAAGGAUGACUGAUUACGAAGACGCGCUGUAUCAAGGAAACGUAGACAACACCGAAAACAGUUAUGGCGGAGGUUCUUCUCCUCAGCCUCGUUCCGAUGAUCAAAACGAUUCUAAAUCUCAGCAUGAAUCUCGGGAUUAUGAGAGAGAGUCCUCUAGAAGUAGGGAAAAGGAGAGAGAGAAAGGGCGUGACAAGGAAAGGGACAAAAAUCGUGAUCGCCGUAGGGACAGGGAUAGAGAUAGGGACCGAGAAAAGGAUCGUGAUCGGGAGCGCCAUCACAGAGAUCGUCAGAGGGAUCGUGGUAGGGGACGCAGUGAGAGGAGGGAUUGGGGAAGAGAUCGAGAUGAUGAUGAUUAUUAUCGGAGUCGAGACUAUGACAGAAGAAGGGACUAUGACAGAGACAGGGAGGACAGGCAUAGGCACCAGUCCCGAUCCCGUUCUACGGGUAGAUCUGAACACAGAUCAAAGUCAAGAUCCCGAUCUCGAUCUCGCUCACGCUCAAAGAGCAAAAGGAUUAGUGGUUUUGACAUGGCCCCUCCAGCUUCAGCAAUGUUAGCUACUGGUGCUGUGGUAGCUGCUGCUGCAGGCCAGAUUCCUGGGACUAGUCCAACCUUACCUGGAGUUUUUCCAAACAUGUUUCCUCUUGCAACCAGUCAGCCUUUUGGUGCUCUCCCUGUUAUGCCAGUUCAGGCAAUGACGCAGCAGGCUACUAGGCAUGCUCGUCGGGUCUAUGUUGGAGGACUUCCUCCUGCAGCUAAUGAACAGUCCGUUGCGACCUUCUUUAGCCAUGUCAUGGCUGCAAUUGGUGGAAACACUGCUGGUCCAGGGGAUGCUGUUGUUAAUGUCUACAUAAACCAUGAAAAGAAGUUUGCUUUUGUAGAGAUGAGAUCAGUUGAAGAGGCCAGUAAUGCAAUGGCUUUAGAUGGGAUAAUAUUUGAGGGAGCACCUGUGAAGGUGAGGAGACCUAGUGACUAUAAUCCCUCACUUGCUGCAACUCUUGGUCCAAGCCAGCCCAAUCCCAAUCUAAAUCUAGCUGCUGUGGGUCUAACUACAGGUUCCACUGGUGGGCUUGAGGGUCCAGACCGCAUAUUUGUUGGUGGGCUUCCUUACUACUUCACAGAAGCACAGAUCCGGGAGCUAUUGGAGUCUUUUGGUCCUCUUCGAGGGUUUGAUCUAGUAAAAGAUAGAGAAACUGGAAACUCAAAAGGCUAUGCUUUUUGUGUUUAUCAAGACCUGUCAGUUACAGAUAUAGCUUGUGCAGCUCUAAAUGGAAUUAAAAUGGGUGAUAAAACUCUCACCGUUAGGCGAGCAAACCAGGGUGCUACUCAGCCUAAACCUGAGCAAGAGAGUAUACUCCAGCAUGCACAGCAGCAGAUUGCUUUUCAGAGGCUUAUUUUGCAACCACAAGGCAUGCCUACAAAGGUUGUUUGCUUGACUCAAGCACUUAAUGUGGAUGAUCUCAGAGAUGAUGAGGAGUAUGAAGACAUUGUGGAAGACAUGAGACAAGAGGGUGGAAAAUAUGCCCUUUCUUGUUCCACAUUCUGCUAUAAAGAAUCAGGCCUAACAUACACAGACAGAAGACUUCCUAAUCCUUUUAUCUAUAUUUACUUGAUACUGCUUUCUCUGACAAUUCUUUUUGGAAAAAAAAAAGCUUUUUUAAAUUUUUUGGUGGAUUCGAAAUUUUUACACGUAAUAUGCAGGUGCAUUGGUGAAUGUUGUCAUCCCACGCCCAAAUCCAAGUGGAGAACCAUCUCCAGGUGUAGGAAAGGUAUUUCUGGAGUACUCAGAUGUCGAAGGCUCCAAAAAAGCCCAAGCUGCAAUGAAUGGUCGGAAAUUUGGCGGAAAUCAAGUUAUCGCCGUGUACUAUCCGGAGAACAAGGUUGCACAGAGGGAGUACGACGGCUAAUUUUAUAAAUUCUUGUUAGCAUUGUGCUUGUUCUGAUUCUAUGUUUAGGACUCUAGUAUUAGAUGGUUUAUAAGGAAUUUCUGUAAUGGCAUCGGCACCCUGUUGGUCGAAGUCGCCGAAGUUGUUUCUAGUGUUCAGUUGAAUGAAUCGUGGCAUAAUAUGUUGAAAGUA